AUGCCCGGUCCCGCCGGCCCCAUUGGUCCCCGCGGUCACAUGCCGGGCGGCGGCGGGGCCGCCGCUCCCUCCCUCCUUCCCUCCGCGCCUCCCUCCGCCGCGCCGAGCGCAGGGAGCGGCCGCGAUCGCAGCAUGAGCACCCUCAAGGUCUACAGCACCUCGGUGACCGGCUCCCGGGAGAUCAAAUCCCAACAGAGCGAAGUAACCAGAAUCCUCGAUGGGAAAAACAUCAAGUACGAGCUGGUGGAUAUCUCCCAGGACAACGCUCUCCGGGAGGAGAUGAGGGUGAAGGCAGGCAACCCCAAAGCCAUCCCGCCCCAGAUUGUCAACGGAGACCACUACUGCGGGGAUUACGAGCUCUUUGUGGAAGCGGUGGAGCAAAACACCCUGCAAGAGUUCCUGAAGCUAGCCUGAGCCCUGGGGUCCCCUCCCGUCUUGGACUCUACCUGCAUUCCUGAGCACCCUCAUCUCCGACCACCUUCACUUCCAGGUUGUCAGCACUGUCCUGGCACCACGACCUGUAUCCCAGCACAGGGAAACCCAUGACCAAAACUACUCAUUGCAGCUGCCUAUGAUCCCCUCCUGCCUAACCCUUGAUAUCAUCUCAGAGGGAUCCAAAGAAAGUCUGACGCUCGCUGCGCAUGGCUUUUGAACAAAGCCGGGCCUGGCUCCCCGCAGCUUCCAGUGCCUCUGUAAACAGCAAAGCCUCUGGGGCUGUGCGAAGUGCGGCCGGCCGUCAGCCCUCUCCUCUGCAGGGAGAGCUUCGGCUUCAGGAGGGAAGGGCUUAGGGUUGCGUGUUACUUCCCACUUCUCCCAGUUGCUGUUAAAAUUGUUAAAUCCUGCUGCCUCACUUCCUCGCUCACUUUUUUUUUUUUUGGUUUGUUUGUUCUUCAUCUCAACUGCAGAGAUAUGGCGACUAAGUUGAUUUUUUUUUUGUUUGUCUUAAUUUAAUGCAAAAAUACUGCACAGAGCUGGGGUCUGACCACCCACUGCAGAGAAGCCCGGGGCUGGGGACAAAGGCCAGUGUCACUUAGCAGGCUGCCUGGGGGCGUGGAUGGGCCUAGAAGUGGGACCCAUGCUGCUCCGGCUGCCCUCUGCUGUGAUGUGGUGCAGUGCUGACCUCGUGAGCGUUAAUGGCUCAGGGCUGCUCCAGAACAGCUGAUGCUCCAGCUGUCUUACCUUUCCUCUUUGAGCUGGCUUUUUUGCAACCCGGACCAAGUGCAUUUUGUUUUCCUGCCAAAAAGCAAGUUUAUAACCAAUGUUGUCUUCCGAGAUGCUAUUAAAUGUUACUGUACCUUUCA